ACGAACCCCUCCGGUGGUGUGUGGCGUGUGUCUCACGGUGCCGUGUACUGCGUGUUCAGUUUCAGUUGAGCAGUUGGCGAGAGAUUAACAUUUUGAUACUACCGACUUUUCCGUUUUAAACCAGUGUGUUUUGUGUUCCCCGGCUGUUACUGUGUGGCGCUUUGCAUAAUUCACACAGACACAAAUACAUACCCUCACGCAUACCGCCACAGUCUCACGCGCAAACUUUCGCCGACCAGCAAGCAAGUUUUGAAACGACAGAGCAGAGCAAAACAGGAGCUCCCCCGGAAAAAAAAAAACAGGAAAAGCAAAAAAAAGCGCAUCACUCUCGAAUCGCAAGGCGCAAACGGACGGGCGCAAGAAAUAACGAUACAAAAAUAUUAUCGAAACCAUCUCCUCCAACCCCCAUCCAGUGACGGUAACAAUAGUGAUGUGAAAUGUGAGUGUGUCAGCGAACGCCCAAAACGACUCUACAACCUGUGCAACAACCAGCCGACGAACCAGCAAACAACCAAAGCCCCAAACCCGCCGCAAAAACCGCCGUCUCAGGAAACGCGUUUUUGCGCUAGCGACGAGCGGAACGCACCGGGAACUACCGAUCAACCGCUCCCGAGCCCACCACCAGGCGUCCGUGCGCACCAGAGGCCCCGACAGCGCCAGCAUGGCGUCCGCGUACCACCAGUCGGCAGUUGGCGUCGGCAACGUGCUGGUGCUGCUGCUCGGUGCGACUGUGAUAUGUCCCGCCUACGCCAUCAUCGAUCGGCUGGUGGUGCAGACGAGCAGCGGUCCGAUCCGCGGCCGCUCGACCAUGGUGCAGGGGCGCGAGGUGCACGUGUUCAAUGGCGUACCGUUCGCGAAGCCGCCGGUCGACAGCCUGCGGUUCAAGAAGCCCGUCCCGGCCGAACCGUGGCACGGGGUGCUCGAUGCAACCAGACUACCUCCGUCGUGCAUACAGGAACGGUACGAAUAUUUCCCCGGCUUCGCAGGCGAAGAGAUGUGGAAUCCCAACACGAACGUUUCUGAGGACUGUCUGUAUCUGAACAUCUGGGUGCCGACGAAAACACGCCUACGGCAUGGACGCGGCCUGAACUUUGGAAGCAAUGACUAUUUCCAGGACGAUGACGAUUUCCAGCGCCAGCACCAGUCGAAGGGCGGGCUGGCAAUGCUGGUUUGGAUCUAUGGCGGCGGGUUCAUGAGCGGCACCUCCACCCUGGACAUCUACAACGCAGAAAUACUGGCCGCGGUUGGCAAUGUGAUCGUGGCGUCGAUGCAGUACCGGGUCGGUGCGUUCGGCUUCCUCUACCUGGCACCGUACAUCAACGGGUACGAGGAGGAUGCGCCCGGCAACAUGGGCAUGUGGGACCAGGCGCUGGCGAUCCGGUGGCUGAAGGAAAACGCGAAAGCGUUCGGCGGCGACCCGGACCUGAUCACGCUGUUCGGCGAGUCGGCGGGCGGCAGCUCGGUCAGCCUGCACCUGCUGUCGCCGGUGACGCGCGGCCUGUCCAAGCGGGGCAUCCUGCAAUCGGGCACGCUCAACGCACCGUGGAGCCACAUGACGGCCGAGAAGGCGCUGCAGAUCGCGGAAGGGCUCAUCGACGACUGCAACUGUAAUCUGACAAUGUUGAAGGAGUCACCGAGCACGGUCAUGCAGUGCAUGAGGAACGUGGACGCGAAGACGAUCUCGGUCCAGCAGUGGAAUUCGUACUCCGGCAUACUGGGGUUUCCGUCCGCGCCGACCAUCGACGGAGUGUUCAUGACAGCCGAUCCGAUGACCAUGCUGCGUGAGGCAAACCUCGAAGGAAUUGACAUACUGGUCGGCAGCAACCGGGACGAAGGCACCUACUUUCUGCUGUACGACUUUAUCGACUACUUUGAGAAGGAUGCGGCCACCUCGCUGCCGAGGGACAAGUUUUUGGAAAUCAUGAACACCAUCUUCAACAAAGCGUCCGAGCCGGAACGCGAGGCAAUCAUCUUUCAGUACACGGGAUGGGAGAGUGGCAACGAUGGGUACCAGAACCAGCACCAGGUCGGGCGGGCUGUCGGGGACCACUUCUUCAUCUGUCCGACGAACGAGUUCGCGCUCGGGCUGACGGAGCGUGGCGCCUCGGUGCACUAUUACUACUUCACGCACCGCACCAGCACCUCCCUCUGGGGCGAAUGGAUGGGCGUGCUGCACGGCGACGAGGUCGAGUAUAUCUUCGGCCAGCCGAUGAACGCGUCGCUUCAGUACCGGCAGCGGGAGCGGGACUUGAGCCGCCGCAUGGUACUGUCGGUGAGCGAGUUUGCACGCACCGGCAAUCCGGCCCUGGAGGGUGAACACUGGCCACUGUACACGAGGGAGAACCCGAUCUACUUUAUCUUCAACGCGGAGGGCGAGGACGAUCUGCGGGGCGAAAAGUAUGGCCGCGGACCGAUGGCGACCUCGUGCGCCUUCUGGAACGACUUCCUACCAAGACUGCGGGCCUGGUCGGUGCCCUUGAAGGAUCCGUGCAAGCUCGACGACCACACCUCGAUAGCAAGCACCGCCCGGGCAGCGCCCACCGUUGCGCUGCUGAUCGCGCUCGGUCUGGCGGUGGCGAGAUUGGUAGCAGCCUAAGACGGUGCGCACAGCACAGCAUCCACCCAUUAUCCCGCUCAUCCCCCGCGCCCAAUACCCGUACACGUUUUCCCCACCCAUUCCCAAGCUCUCUAGUUCGUGGCACCCCGGAUAGAAGCAGCCUAUUUAUCCAUGCUUGACCCCGCGAUAGGCCGAUCCGCAUCAUCCGCGGACAGCGGAAAGUAUUCAUUGGUUUUGUGAUGGCGUAUUAUCGAAUUUCAAGGAGCUUUUUCUUGGUGAAGCGCAGGCGCUUUUCAUCAAUUCACGGAUACAUACAUCCCUCUUAAAGGCAGACAAGCAGCAAACAGAAAGGGGGAAACACACAUACCCAAACGUAAAACGAAUAUACUCUAACAGCUAACAACAACAAUCAAACCAAGCUCAGUGCAAAUGGGAAGCAGUGAGUUAAAAAACGAUAAAAGAGAGAGAGAGCGAGCGGGAUACAAGAAACAGCCAACAGCGAGUAGGAACAACAACAAAAACGAAAGGAAGAAUCAGUGGGGGAGAAAGAAAAUAAUACAUAUCGCCACAACACGUUACCAAAGGACUGGAUCCUGUGAUCUUUUUCUUUGGGCUACUGGUGCCCUGAACAACAACCAACCAAAAAAGAAAAAAAAGAAAGAAGUAGCAGACAACAACAAAAAAAAGAAACAACCUCUGUCACAAAUACAUAUCACGUGCUUGAAGACUUAUGAAAUAUUGCUGUGUAGCUAUACCUAGAGAAUAUGAUAAAACCAAAAAAUAACAAUAUAUAAGCAUAAUAUUGCAAGCGGUAGGAGAAGGUAGGUGGGGCAACAAAAAAGAAAAAAAAAUUGUCGCAAAAGCCGAAGAAGCAAGGGAGCAGAGAGCAGACCGAGAGCGACUAGCAGAAGCUUAGCGACCGUACGCGUCGGGGCACAGCCGCGUAGGGCGAGGGAUAUAAAAGGCCCGUUCUUUGGCUGCACAUCUCCACUACCGGCUAAAAUUGUAGCGUAAACAAAACCUCCGUUUGAAGAAAGUUGCUCCUUUCUGAACACACGUGAUUUGAUUUUCCACCGUACUCUCUACUGUACUUCGGUUUUUCUUCAUUUGUUUUUCUCUGUAAACUCGUCGUAAUCUGAACAAUGAACUUUUAAAAGGAAACCAAAGCAUGGCGCCAUUUAGAUGUUACAUUUAAUAUACCUAUAUAUAUAUUAUAUAUAUAUACAUAUACAUACAAAACAUAAUUAUAUAUGAAGCAAAUAAGUUUAUUUAACGAUUUGAAAAACAAAAAAGGCUCGUUUAUAAAAAAAAUCAAAGCAACCCAAAACAAGGAAAAACAACACGCACUUGCAUUACCGAAAAAAAAACAAAACAAAACAACAACUCUUUAUGAAGUAAUGGAUCCAUCUUUUUUAGAUGUUCAACCGACUAUAUAUAUAUAUAUAUUUAACGUAAAGCAGUAUGUAAACCCCAAAACAUAUCAUUCAAACUGGAUAAACUUAGAUAUUAAUAUACAAUAUUGUAGAAGAAACACACGAAACGAAACCACAACAAAACAAGCGAUAAACGAGCAGAAAGGAUGAGAAGAAACAGUAUGGGGGAGGGAAAAAAACAAGUGGUCAGAAAAAAAAACAGGAAAGGAAAAGACAAAUAGCAAAUAAGUAAAUCUACCUUUAUAAGAAAGCUUUUUAUGAGAAUUGUAAACCCACUUUUGAAAACAAUACCGAUCGGCAAAAAUAAGUAUAACAACAACAGCAAACUAGCAAACAAAACAAAAAAAGAAGAAGGGGAAAUGUAAACACGAACUGUCAACGUGUGGCGAUAUUGUUAGUAAUUGGUAAAUACUGUUAGUAGAGAGGGAAGCGUGUUUGGUUUGUUUUAUUAGUAGCGGUCAAAACAUACGCGAUGCGGUCUUAUGAUCAACAAAACAAACAACAUUCAUACACAUGCAUGUGAUUCAAUACGAUGUUUAGCGUUGUUUAGCGAAACAAAAAAACGAAAAGAAAACUAACACAAAACUCAAUCUUACACACGGCCACACCUGCGCAUGCAGUAAAGUGUAGAAUAUAUGCGUUAAACAGAAUUAACACAAUU